UGCACAUACACAAAUGCAUACACAUAUUGUUGUAUGUGUUUGUAGUUCAACAUGAAGUCAGUACAGUUUACAUUGAGCAUACACAUCAUUUCCAAUUCAAAUAUAUUCAACAGAUAUUUACAUGCUGCAAUUUAGGCCUGGUGAUGACAUUCUCAACAGUACCAAACCACCAUUACAUACACUGUAUAGGAGGUGACUGUACCACCAACCAAUGAGUGUAGUAGAGAUACCAAAGGAUGUUACUUAAUCAUCUUUGACAGUUAGUCUUUGUUGUCAAUUUACAUAUAAGCACAAUAACAAAUGCUCUAUUUGACUGCUCCCCUAUAUGGUCCCAAAAGAGGGAGGGGAAGUGGAUAUUUUCAGUGGUUCAACCAGCUGUCACUCAAAAUUAUCAACCAAUCAUGUUCAUCCUCACUGGUUAAAGCUGCCCACACUCAAUAUCCACUUGAAUCAGUUUGUAGUGUCACAUCUAUUGUCUGGACAUUAUAAUGACCCAUGUUUGUAGUCCUGGACCUCCUGAACAUGUUGAUGUAUAUUUGGGAGUAAACAGAGGGUCCAAAUCAGCAGAAAGGUGAAAGGAAGGAGGAGUUCUGGAAACUCCCUGAAUUAUCUUGGGGCUGUUACAUAUAAUAUUUAAUAUAUGUUAACAGCUAGUCUUUGUUCUCCACUUCCCCUCUAUGAUCUAUAUCUUCCUGGUAUGACAGUGUCCUGUCCAUCAUCACAAAUAGCAAGUCCCGUUCCCUGGACAGGAGGACUGUGUUGAGAUUUACUCUGGACAAGAUGAUCAUGUAGAGACAUGGAAUGAUUUAUAUUGUUCUGCAGAAAAUGGUUUAACAAUAACCACUAUAACAAUCUCACACACACACACACACACACACACACACACACACACACACACACACACACACACACACACACACACACACACACACACACACACACACACACACACACACACACACACACACACACACACACACACACACACACACACACACACACACACACACACACACACACACACACACACACACACACACACACACACACACACACACACACACACACACACACACACACACACACACACACACACACACACACACACACACACACACACACACACACACACACACACACACACACACACACACAUACACACACACACACACACACACACACACACACACACACACACACACACACAUACACACACACACACACACACACACACACACACACACACACACACACACACACACACACACACACACACACACACACACACACACACACACACACACACACACACACACACACACAUACACAUACACACACACGGACAAAAGUAUACAAGUACGCACACUAGUAUGCAAACGUUUUUGUAUUAGCAAAGCCACAACUACCCGUGUCAUUUUGUUGAUACUUCCCUAGAGUUAACACCGACAGCAGUCACACAGACAGAGACAAACAGAUGACUCAGAGACAGAGAUGUCACUAGAAGCAGAGACUUAACGCAUAGAGGUCUUGCAGUUGAUGUACGACGCCUUCUGGCAGCCAAGUUGGAAGACCACCACAUUAAUUCUAGAAUCAGAGACUUAAUGUAUAGUAGAUCUACAUAGAAAGAAAGACCCAGGCAUUGUUAAAGAUGUCAAAGGUCAUCAAUGCUGAACCAGAUAGGAACAAGAAGGUCAAGUUUGACAGAGGUGAGAUGGAGGAGAGGAUUGUAGAUAUCUACGUCAGUGCAGACACCCUGAGAGACGGUGAGACCAGCACCAAGAGAGAAGAGACAGCACACACUGCCCCUGAUAAUGGACCAGGAGACCAGCGAACAAAGCCUGAUAGGUCAGGGAAGAGACCCUCCCUAGUUGCUGCAGUGUUUCUGGGGCUGCUGUGUGUUCUCCUGGCUGGGAUCAUAGGCCUGUCUGUCUGCUAUAACAGAGACAUCACAGAUUCUGAGGAUAAAAGGAAUAACUUGUUCCAGAGUUUCUCCCUUUUUAAAAUCAACGCAACUGAAGAGAGAGACCAGCUCCAGACCAGAUACAACAACUUGACUAAAGAGAGAGACCAGCUACAGACUGAGAGAGUUUUUCUUAGCGAGAGGCUUUUUAAUCUCAAACAAACCUGUCCUGCUGGCUGGCAGAAGUUUGAAUCCAGUUGGUACUUCCUGUCUACUGAGUCUAAAACCUGGAAGGGGAGCAGAGAGGACUGUCUGGAGAGAGGAGCAGACCUGGUGAUCAUAAACAGUGAUAAGGAACAGGAACUAUCGGUAAAACACUGA